GCAAGAGGUGUAGACACAUGUCAUUUUUGUCUUGCAGAUUCUUCCUCUUAUAGAUGGAAAGCACAGUGGACUUAAAGGAUAACUUCACGUUGUUGCUUUAAUGAGCUCUCCGGCUGAAAGGUGCAGUCAAGCAACAGCUAGGUUGACUGAUCUGAAGCUCUUUGGAUCUCAGCGUCACCUGGACUUGAUCCCUCCUUGCUGACUGAGCAGCUGCUGGUGAUUGCAACUCUUAAUUUCUACUUAUCUGGGCUGACCCACACCUGAACUCCUGCAUUGUUGGAGUGGGCCAUUUUUGUCUUCCCAGACUGCACUAUUGUCUUUGGGAGAGGCAUCGCUUGGAGAAGGGUGGCCGCUUUUAAUGUAAAUGUGUGUCCCCGUGACCAGCACUGGACUGCCACCCUCAAAGUCUCCUCCUGCACCUGCUGAGAGCCCCUGGAAGCCACCUGCUGUGCCUCUGGGAUGGUGUGACCUCCAGCCAGCUGUUGGCCGUCCCACAUCUGGGUCAAGAUGCCGGUGAUGAAGGGCCUCCUGGCCCCACAGAACACCUUUCUGGAGACCAUCGCUACACGCUUCGAUGGCACCCACAGUAAUUUCCUGUUGGGUAACGCCCAGGGCCACCGCGGCUACCCCAUCGUCUAUUGCUCAGACGGCUUCUGUGAACUGACAGGCUUCACGAGAACUGAGGUGAUGCAGAAGAACUGCAGCUGCCGCUUCCUGUACGGGGCUGACACCAGCGAGCACGUGGCCCAGCAGAUGGAGAAGGCUCUGGAGGGCCGAGAGGAGUACCAAGCCGAGGUCCACCUCUACAAGAAGAAUGGUGUGGCCUUCUGGUGUCUGUUAGACAUCGUGCCCAUAAAGAACGAGAAGGGAGAAAUGGUCCUCUUCCUCUUCUCAUUCAAGGACAUCACUGACACCUAUGGAAGGAGCCACCACAACAGCAAGAAGGAGGAGGACAAGAGGCGCAGGAGGAAGAGCAGCUCUCACUUUAGCAAGGCCAGGAAGCGUGGACACACCAUGUUGCACCAGCUGACCAGCCAGUUCUCAAGGGGAGGCAAAGAAGAGGUCAACCUGGGAAGCAGCAUGAUUGACAAGCCUUCGGUACCGGAGUACAAGGUGGCAACAGCGCAGAAGUCGCGCUUCAUUUUGCUCCACUACAGUGUGUCCAAAGCUAUGUGGGACUGGCUCAUUCUGCUGGCCACCUUCUACUUGGCUGUCACUGUGCCCUACAACGUCAGCUUCAUGCCACACAGUGAUAACGCCUUAGCUGCACGCUCCACCAGCAUCAGCGACAUUGUAGUGGAAGUGCUCUUUGUUAUAGACAUUAUCCUGAACUUCCGCACCACCUAUGUGAGCCAGUCAGGGCAGGUGGUGUAUGAGCCACGCUCUAUUUGCAUUCACUACACCACCACCUGGUUCUUUGUGGACCUGGUGGCUGCCCUGCCCUUUGACCUGCUGUAUGCCUUUCACAUCCCAGUGACCUCCUUGGUCCACCUGCUCAAGACUGUACGCCUGCUGCGCCUCCUUCGUCUGCUUCAGAAGCUGGAUCGCUACUCCCAGUACAGUGCCAUGGUGCUGACCUUACUAAUGUCUGUGUUUGCCCUGCUGGCACACUGGAUGGCCUGCAUCUGGUUCAUGAUUGGAUACAAGGAGAUGGAGAGCAAGGAGACCUGGCACAUUGGGUGGCUCCAUGAGCUGGGCAAACGUCUGGAGAAGCCCUACAUCAACAGCACGGUGGGCGGCCCAACAGUGCACAGCUCCUACAUCGCUGCCCUUUACUUUACCCUCAGCAGCCUGACCAGUGUGGGCUUUGGCAAUGUGUGUGCCAACACCGAUGCUGAGAAGAUCUUCUCCAUCUGCAUCAUGCUCAUCGGCGCGCUGAUGCACGCCCUGGUGUUCGGUAACGUAACGGCCAUCAUCCAGCGUAUGUACUCACGGCGUUCUCUCUACCACACACGCAUGAAGGACCUAAAGGACUUCAUCCGUGUCCACCGUCUGCCUCAGCAGCUCAAACAACGCAUGCUAGAGUACUUCCAGACCACAUGGUCUGUCAACAAUGGUAUAAAUGCCAACGAGCUCCUGCAUGACUUCCCUGACGAGCUGCAGGCUGACAUCGCCAUGCAUCUGAAUAAGGACAUCCUCCAACUGCCGGUCUUUAAGGGGGCCAGUCGUGGCUGUCUGCGCUCGCUCUCCCUCCAUAUAAAAACCUCCUUCUGCAUCCCUGGGGAGUACCUCAUCCGUCAGGGCGAUGCGCUGUAUGCCAACUACUUUGUCUGCUCCGGGUCUCUUGAGGUGUUGAAAGACAGCAUGGUGCUGGCAAUAUUAGGAAAAGGGGACCUGAUUGGGUCUGACCUGCCUGGAGAAGACCAGGUGAUCAAGACCAAUGCUGAUGUGAAGGCGCUGACCUACUGUGACCUCCAGUAUAUCAGUGUGCAUGGCCUGAAAGAAGUGCUGAGACUCUACCCCGAGUACGCCAGUGUGUUUGCCUCCGACAUCCACAACAACCUCACCUACAACCUGCGUGAGGGCAGCCAGGACGAGGGCCUCAGCCGGUUUUCAAGGUCACCCAGGCUUCCUCACGAACCCAGGCUCCCCUCUAUUGUGGAAACAAAGAGGGAUGACUCUGACGACUCCUUCCACCUCUCUCCAGCGACCCGCUCCCGUCACAACCUCCUGCUGCCCAACUUCAGCAGCCCUGUUCGCCGUACCUCCCUAGGGAACCUCCUGGGGGAUGAGUUGCGGCAGUUCAACGCCCUGCGACGCUGCCGUUCACCAAACCUCAGCCGUGGCCUCCACGGGCAAAGCUCAUCCCCUCAGCCACCAUCGAAAAAAGAGCACAGCACCCCUACAGCCACCCCAGCCUCAACCUCAGCCCAGGGAGAGUCAGGGGCUGAGCAAAAACCUUCAAAGCUGCUUAUCCCAACUGUCACUUGCUUUGGCCCCCCAGAGCUUAGUCCCAGGGUUGUAGACGGCAUCGAAGACAAUGGGCACACGUUCCAUUUCAACGUGGAGCACACCGGGCCUAGAGCCAGUACAGGAGGCAGCGCCCAAGACUCCACGCAGGUUUAUGCGACUCUGCUGCUGGAGACAGAGGAGGUCAGACAGAGCAUCAGUCAACUGAACAGGAAGAUGGGCACAUUAAAACAGGAAGUAUCUGAGCUCACCAAGGGCCUGCACCGCAUUAUUCAGCUCCUCCAGGAUCACCUAUCUGUGCAUUGCUACAAAGCCUCCCUCGCCUCAUACCCGUAUGGCAUCCAAAUGGUGUCCAGCCCACCCACAGACCCCAACACUGGCAUGUCCUGCAACCUAGCUUCAACCUACCAGCUCCACAACGAUCCUGGGAGCAAUGAAAGCCACAGUGGAGCAGCUGAAACCCAAACAGAGAGCCACCUAAGGCCUCAACCCUCUAGUCCGCCUGCUAACUCCUGUCCGCCCCUCUCUGUAAACUCUGCAUCCAGGUUAGGCCCGUGUCAUGGCUCUGAGAGUGAGACCUCACAUCAGUGGACCAGCCCGUCUCUUCUUAGCGUCAGCCCAGGCUUCCAGGGUAGAAGUCCAGGCCUUGCACCUAAUGCUGAGCAUGAAUACUCUUACAACAGACCUCUCAGUGCUAGUCCAACCACCAUCAGCCAGUCCCAGCCCACUGUGUGCCUGCAGCCUCCCAGUGAUAGCGAUGAAUACACUUGCCUUUUAUCCAGUGCCCCUACAGGUACGUCCACACACAGCCUGCUGGACACGUCACCCAGUUCUUACCCCCAUCUCUGCCUGCCCUCUGAGUCCCAUCUCAAGUUAUCACACGGAACACAUGAGGACAUUUGUGUUCCAAUGUCCACCCCAGCAUCUCAGGAUCUGAUCCAGGACACCUCUGUCUUACAAAUCGAGGACUCACACCCCUCAAUCCAACCUGUGUCUGCCUCUCCACCCACAUUGCCAGGCCACCCUCUUGGAUCCUCCAUGGAUUCAGGAUCAACGCGAUCGGAUGAAUCGGAUGCUCUCGAGCCCCACCUUCCACUGGGCGACCCAUCUGCCAUAGAACACACCAGUCUGGAGUGCCUAUUGGGGUAACGGGGGAUCUACGGAGAGCAGGGACAGUGAAGGUGUGUCAUCACAAAGGUCCAGCAUUGACGUCCAGCACGGAGCAGUCGUGGUGUCUGGACCUCACAGAUUAAACUGUACAUGUUUCAGGGGCAGACUCACUGACUUCACUGCAACUGGGGGGAAAAAGCAGCACUGGACGAGAAAGUUAUUAUUAACAUGCAACUUCUGACAGUGUUGAAAGAGAUUGCUGGAGAUUGUAAAUGUGUGCUGUAUUUCCCCCUCUUAAGUCCUGUGCUCUCAUAUUUUUCAAACUCCACGCAAUUUACACCAUUUCUAUGCAAACGCAUGUCAUUCGUGCAUUAUCUUGGCUUUACUGAAAUGUGUCUUUUAAAAAAAACUAACUUCCACAUCAGUGGGUUCCAGUAUAUACUGUAUAUUUUUUCCAACAUCCUCAGAGCAAUUUGCAGUUACCUCCUUGCAUGGUAAAGUUGUUUAUUCUUUUUCCUAAGGAAAAGGUUUCCAAAUCAAUGUGUAAACAUUCUACAUGACAACCUGUUGAUUGUGUACAUGGAUACUGUAUUUGUAAGGCAGACAGGUCAGAACACCUGGAUGUUUUUAAUAUACCGAGGAACAAAAAUGACACAUGCUUCAACUUGCAUAUAGGUAACAGACCAUGUGCAUCACACAACAUAGAUUGUUUAUUGUUUUAAAUUGAUCUCAGUUCUCAGUUAAGCUUUUUUUUUAUUUAUAAUUCAAUUUAACCUCUCCAGUUUUAUGUUGUCCUAAAGAUUCUUCAGGAGAUGUGAAUACAUUUCCUAUGUUUUCCUCACCAAGGCAUUAAAGAUCGCGCCGUGAAAUAGGUUUAAUUCUCUCCACAAAAAAACUUUCUCAAGGAUCUACAAUUCUAUAAACACGACAAAGCUGCCAAUAAAUUAAACAUAAAUAAGUAUAUUUAGCUGAAAGGUGGGCCCCAUAAAAUAUUUUGUACUGUCAUUAAUUUACAAAAUAUGAAUGCCUCCUGGAAAAAAAACAUGAUACUCAUACAAUAUUCAGAAUAUUCAGGAACUUUUGAAUGAUUUCUCCUUGGCUGACAAAAUAAAGUAUGCAGAAUGUA